CUCCCCUCCCACCACGUGUCCUCGCUCGGUCGCGAGGGGCCGCUCUGGGGCGGCCGGAGCGGCUGCAGCGGCGGAGUCGGUGGCGCGGUGAAUGCCGGGCCGCAGCCCUCGUCGCCCCCUGCGGCGGCACCGCCCGCUCGGCCGGGGCCGUCCCCCACCCCCGGAAACAUUGGAGAAGCUGACUCCGAACUCCGGAAAGAUCGUUGCUUUGCAAGUCCCGAAAAAUGGGACUCACAAGAUGCACACUCACUACACAACCAGCAAUUGCCGGCAGUCUUUUAAGGGGAAGCUCUUUGUACCAGCCUGAAGAGGCUUCGAAUACAGAGAAUUUGCCAACCAGAGGCGAAGAGUCCUGCCAGGUCUGGGUUGGUCUCCGCCAACCGGGCACACCCCUCUCUGUAUCACAGACUUGGCUUUGGGAGGUCCUUUAAGACUGUUUAAGUUUCUGAACUGGCGGCUUGUGGACAGCGCCUGUGAAUCUGGAAAAUCCAGAGAUGGAGCCCCCAGCCUACCCUCCACAUUUGACUCUGAAAGAAGAGCAAGAAAAGGAGGUUCAAAUCCAAGAAUUGGAGGAUGGCCCCAUAGAUAUGCAGAAAGUACAAAUCUGUUCAGAAGGCACAUGGAUACCAGCCCUAUUUGAUGAGGUGGCCAUAUAUUUUUCGGAUGAGGAGUGGGAAGUUUUGACGGAGCAACAAAAAUCUCUUUACCGGGAAGUCAUGAGGAUGAAUUAUGAGACUGUCCUGUCCCUGGAGUUCCCGUUCCCUAAGCCAGACAUGAUCAGUCGAUUGGAAAGGGAAGAGGAGUAUCCUAAUUCUGAUGAGUGGCGGCUCCAGGGAGUAACCUUUGCAGAAAAUGAAGAAUCUGACUUUAAGACUCCACAUUGGGCAAACCCAAUGAAUGCCACCUCCCCUUUCCCUCAACCUCAGCACUUCAACAGCUUUUGGCAUCUGCCUCGGGACAUCACUGAGCUGCCUGAAUGGAGUGAGGGCUACCCCUUCUACAUGGCCCUGGGCUUCCCAGGGUAUGACCUCUCAGCUGAUGACUUGGCUAGCAAAUUUCAGUUCAGUCGGGGCAUGCGCCGUAGUUAUGAUGCAGGGUUCAAGUUGAUGGUGGUGGAGUACGCUGAAAGCACCAACAACUGUCAGGCUGCCAAGCAGUUUGGGGUAUUGGAAAAAAAUGUUCGAGACUGGCGAAAAGUGAAGCCACAGCUCCAAAAUGCCCAUGCAAUGCGGCGAGCAUUCCGAGGCCCCAAGAAUGGGAGGUUUGCUCUGGUGGACCAGCGUGUGGCUGAGUAUGUCAGAUACAUGCAGGCCAAAGGGGACCCCAUUACCAGGGAGGCAAUGCAGUUAAAAGCUCUUGAAAUCGCCCAGGAGAUGAACAUUCCAGAGAAAGGAUUCAAGGCAAGUCUGGGCUGGUGUAGACGAAUGAUGAGAAGGUAUGACCUAUCUCUGAGGCAUAAAGUGCCGGUUCCCCAGCACCUGGCAGAGGACCUGACUGAGAAGCUUGUCACUUACCAGCAGAGUGUGCUGGCUCUGCGCCGGACACAUGACUAUGAAGUGGCACAGAUGGGCAAUGCAGAUGAGACACCCAUCUGCUUAGAAGUGCCCUCUAGGGUGACUGUUGACAACCAGGGUGAAAAGCCUGUCUUGGUCAAGACACCAGGUAGAGAGAAAUUGAAAAUCACAGCCAUGCUGGGUGUCUUAGCUGAUGGGAGGAAGUUACCCCCAUACAUCAUUUUGAGGGGGACAUAUAUCCCUCCUGGGAAGUUCCCCAGUGGCAUGGAAAUCCGCUGCCACCGCUACGGGUGGAUGACUGAGGACUUGAUGCAAGACUGGUUGGAAGUUGUGUGGAGACGGAGAACUGGAGCUGUGCCCAAACAACGGGGAAUGCUGAUCCUGAAUGGCUUCCGGUGUCAUGCCACUGACUCUGUGAAGAGCUCCAUGGAAAGCAUGAACACAGACAUGGUGAUCAUCCCAGGGGGCCUGACCUCCCAGCUGCAGGUGCUGGAUAUGGUAGUCUACAAGCCUCUGAAUGACAGUGUCCGUGCCCAGUAUUCUAACUGGCUUCUGGCGGGAAACCUGGCACUGAGCCCCACUGGAAAUGCAAAGAAGCCACCCCUGGGCCUUUUCCUGGAGUGGGUCAUGGUUGCAUGGAACAGCAUCUCCAGUGAAUCAAUUGUCCAGGGGUUCAGAAAGUGCCACAUCUCCAGCAACUUAGAGGAGGAAGGUGAUGUCCUAUGGGAAAUUGAGAGCGAGUUGUCCAGAGAACCACCAAAAGAAUGUGAUCCUGAAAGUGUGGCUGAGGGCAACUGAAGGAAGAGUUCAGGUAACUGGCCAGGAGUAGAUGUCCACCAUCACUGAUGCUCCUGGUCAUGUCCAGCACUUACCUUUUCCUGGCCACUAGUUUCUCUUUUUAAGUUCUUUUUAGGCCUGCCAUGCCACAGUGUAGACAGCAGGUCAUCAGCAUUUUCUCUUUUGUAUUUUGUUCUGUGGCCUAUAUCCAGGAGCACUUGUGUAGUGGGUAAGAUGAACAAGGCGCUGCCAGAGCACUUCCAAUGAGAGCAGUAUGACUGCAAAUUUACUUGGGCCUGAAAGAGCAUAGUCGACAUUGUUCCGUUUACAAAAAGUUUGUCUGAAAAGAUAACUUUCUUCUCUUAUAAAUGCUGAACUUUUA